AAGUUUGGAGAGUGGGGCUAAAAAACGAAAGGGGCCGCACACAAAUUUUUGCUGUUUUACAGACGAGCGACAUAAAAAUGGCUUUGAAUGGCUUUUGCCGACGUCGUCGUUGUUGUUGUCGUCGUCGUUCUGCAGCCAUUGCAGCCUGCCUGUUAAUCGCCUUGUCAGUGUUCAGCGAUGCGCCGCUGCCAGCGGAGGCGCAGCGUCCCGAAAACUGGCCACCCCCAGCCCUACUGAAAAUGGCCAAACCCUUUCACGAUACCUGCGUCGCCCAGACGGGCGUUGAUGAGGCCCAUAUUAAGGAGUUCAGCGACGGACAAAUCCACGAUGAUGAGAAGCUCAAAUGCUAUAUGAAUUGCCUUUUCCACGAAAUCGAUGUGGUCGACGAUAAUGGCGAUGUGCAUUUUGAAAAAUUGUUUUACACCGUGCCCAUGACCAUACGUGACAAGCUAAUCGAAAUGUCCAAGGGCUGCAUGCAUCCAGAGGGUGAUACAUUAUGCCACAAGGCCUGGUGGUUUCAUCAGUGCUGGAAAAAAGCUGAUCCGGCUCACUACUUUCUACCUUGAAGUGCGACACAGUGCCUUCUCACGUCAUCAUAGUGGCUUAUUCUGUAUAUACAUUGUACUUUUUGUGUUGGUUGAAAUGUCUUAAAUAUAUAUAGCAGUUCAGAAAUUGUCUGAAGUGUAAAGUUAAAGCCGAAA